UUCUAAUUUCAUAAAGCCCAGGAAAUGUGAGAUCACUUGUGAAAUGGCCUUUUUGAGAUGUGAUGUGAUUUACCUCAGAGGUAUUCCUGAAAAAUGGAUGAUGACUACUUUGGAGGAUUUGAGGCUGCAGAUAUUUUUUUUAAAGAUGGAAAUGGUGAACCCCAGAAAACCUCUCCUGCUAUUCCUUGGGCAGCAUUUUCCACAGUGCCGGAAAUUCUUGUACCACCAACGGUUUCUGCUGAGCUGCUCCUGGAACAGUCUCCGGCAAAUGUACCGACAGACACUCAACUAUCACCCGAUACUUUAAGUGCAACCGAUCUUAAAGAGCAGGUUCCCUUAUCCAUCAAUUCUCCGUUGACUGAAAGUCAAGAAAAAGCAUCUGCCAACUAUGACGAAACUGAUACAAAACCCAGACUGAGUGAUUCUGAAAAGCAUUUUCAACAAACCCUUUCAGCUCUGGAAAGUAAACUCCGGACAGCAGAUGAAGAAAAAGCUAGAAUAAAAAAGGAGUUGGAAGAUCUUUUGGAAAAACACAGGACUUUGGAAACCAAUUACCUGAAAGAAAAAGAUGAAAAAUCGAUUUCACAUAAGGAUAUAUACAACAAGCUCCAGGAGAAGCAUAAACUUGAGUUGGAAGAGUUAAGAAAAGCUGGACACGAGGCCCUGUCUAUUAUUGUCGAAGAAUUCAAGGCCUUGCUGAAGGUGCUCGUGGAGGAGCGGGAAAAGGCCUUGGAGAAGCAGUAUGUCUCUGCAGUUGAGAAACAGGCGCAGAAGUGUGAAGAGCUGCUCAAUGCUCAGCAUCAAAGGCUGCUUGAUAUGUUGGAAGAAGAGCGGAAAACCUUAGAAGAAAAAAACAAAGAAUCCUUGUUGCUACAGUCACAGGAAUACAAGGACAUGUUGGAAAAAUGCAUGGAGAAUGAAAGGGAACGUAAUGAGGAGGCUUUGACUACAGCUGCACAGGUGGAAAAAGAGAAAUUGCAGGCUGCCAUCCUAGCAGCAGUAACAGCCGAAAGGGAAAACAUGAAAAAACUGCAUGACCAAGAAAAAGAAUUAUGGCAGGCAGAGAGAAACAAAGAUCGCGAGAAGAUUGCUGUAGCAGUAGAAGAAGCGGUGGAACGGCAAAAACAGAGCUCAGAAGAAAUGGUGAAAGCAGCAAUCCUACAGGAACAAAAGAAAAGUGAGAGAGCUGUAGAAGAAGCGGUGAAGCAAACGAGGGAAGAACUGAUGGAAUACAUCAAGGAGCAGAAAAGACUGGAUCAAGUGAUCCGUCAGCGGAGCCUUUCCAGUUUGGAGUUGUUCCUCUCUUGCGCUCAGAAGCAGCUGAACUGUUUGCUGCGGGAAGAAGUCACAGCAGCAGAGACAGAAGGAAAUGAUUCCAUAACAUUGGUCACUUCUCUCAAAGAUGCUGGAGAUUAGACGGAGAAGUAGGAUCAAUCAGCCAGUCUCGUAUUGUUUUGGUUAGGUGUUCAGAAUCAUACUGCCCUCCUUGUAAAGCUAACAGUUGUGUUCUCAUCCAGCUCCCCAAACACAACAAACCCUCUGAGGUUCACUCAAAGAUUCCUUU